GCCAUCCUCGCCCGCGGCGCCGCCUCGGCGAGGCUGGAGCCCGAGCGGGACAUGUUCGUCCCGGGCCGGGUGGUCUUCAUCUACCAGGCGCAGGGGCAGUCCCACGCCGCUGCCAAGAAUGGCACGCUGAGCACCCUGCGCCGCAUAGAGCUGACCCCGAACUGCCUCUCGGACCACGUCUGCUCCGAGUACAUCAGAACCACCGUAGAGGUGGCGGGUCGCCUGUGUGGCAGGGCCCCCGCGGAGUUCGCGCCCUGGAAGGAGAUGUCGCCAACGUCGCCGACGUCGCCGACGAUGGGUCAGCUCUCCACGUCGGCCCCGCCCAGGGAGAUGUCGCCAACGUCGCCGACGUCGCCGACGAUGGGUCAGCUCUCCACGUCGGCCCCGCCCAGGGACAUGCAGCCUGGCGCCGUGGUGCGUCAGGCGUUGCAGCAGACGGCGCUGCAGGUGCAGACGGCGCCGCAGAUGGCUUCACAGGCCGCGCCGCCGGCAGCGCCACAGAUGGCGCCACAGGCCGUACCAGCACCGCAGGCUGGGCCACAUCUGGCGCUGCAGACGCAGUUGGCGCAGCAGGCG